AGUCAGUUUCCGAGUUUGUUUUCCUAUUCAAAGGUCUUUUGGGUAGCUUAAAACUUUACGCGAAACACUGGGAAAACUUCCUAAACACUUCAGAAAAAGUUGAAAAGAAAUUGCAUACGGAAAACUUCACUGUAAGAAUAAACUUCAAGUUGUUUUUUCUGGAGAUCGCUUUCUACCAUCUGGUGUAUUUUACAAUAUCGGCUGUUGAAAUCAAAAUGAAUGCUACUAUUCGUCCCAACUUUAUUACUCACAAAAUCGCGAUGUAUUAUCAAUUCUUCGAACUUAUUAUAAUCUGUAACAUAGCGAAGAUGUUACGGAAGAGAUAUAACUUCCUCAGUAAAAUGAUACGAAGUAUUUUGAAAUCUCCGAUUUAUAUUGUGUCAAAGAGCGAGGACAAAAGUAAAGAGGAUAAGUUGAAAAAAGUGUUUUCUUUGUACCAGGAUUUAUACGUCAUGUCGGAUGAAUUUAAUGUCAUAUUCGGGUGGAAAAUUUUCUUAAUAUUAAUUUGCACGGUGUUUUCCCUGCUUAAUCACGCCAACAGGGCUUUGUUGGUAUCUAGACAAAAGCAAGAUGAGCACCAUGUCACAUACAAAUACAUCAUGAAUGGUCUGGUGUACCCGAUUUUGUACGUGGUUACUACUGUAGCCCUAGUGAUGUCGUGUGAUUCAGUCGAAAAGAGUGGAGACAACGUCAUAAUAACCUGUCACAGAAAAUUAAUCAAUCUAGAUAAAUCACCGCUAAGACACGACUUGCAGGUUAUGGCGAAGUAUAUGGAUAAAUUGAGACCCACCUUCACAGCAGCUGGGUUUUUCCAGAUCAAUCAACUCAUUUUGGCUACCAUUUUCACUUCCAUAACCACAUAUUUGAUAAUUAUCAUUCAGUUUCAGUAGACAAUGCUGCGAAUAUACACUGCGC